AGUUCACGUGGUUCUGUGGUGGAGUUGUGGUGGCUGUGUUUACGGCACGUGGUGAGCGAGCAGGUAUACAAAUUCACUUCCCUGCCGCUGUCGCUUACGAGCACCUUCAAAGGCCUCACAAAUGCGAUGAGCCUAGCUGAAAGCAUCACUGCCAAAAGGGUACGCCACGCCCCUUCAAAGGUUGUUGGUCAGGUAGAGGUUGGCAUGCAGCACAGCUUGCCUCUGGCUGAUAAAUCUGUUGGCUGUUCGUUGAAACCAGGGAGCGAGUCUAGGAGCGUGCAGACUACGGAGGCUGUGGAACAGUUAAGCUCCACCUCAGCAUCGAGGCCUUUAAUUUCUGCAUCAACUGCCAAAUGUGACAACUCAAAGCAAGGAUGCUUCCACCGAUGUCAGCUAUGUGACUAUGAGACUGAUGAACUAUUUCUUCUGGAAGAACAUGCCAGCGACCAUACUGGCGAGAAACUGUUUCAUUGCCCUUUAUGCCCUCAGAGCUUUCCACAGAAGCAGAGACUGAAAACCCACCUGCUCACCCACACAAUCAAGACGCCAUUUCAGUGCACUUCAUGCUUUCGGAGCUUCUCGCAUAAGGCUCGCCUGAAAGACCACUUGCGCAUCCAUACGGGUGAGAAACCGUUUCAUUGCCUUUUAUGCCCUAAGAGCUUUUCUCAAAAGUCCAACCUGAAAACCCACCUGCUCACCCACACAGGCGAGAAGCCAUAUGAAUGCCCUUCAUGCUCUCAACGCUUCUCGUCCAAGUCUUACUUGAAAGCCCACCUGUACAGCCACACAGGCGAGAAGCCAUAUCAGUGCCCUUCAUGCUCUCGGGGCUUCUCACGAAAGGGCGACCUGAAAGUGCACCUCCUCACUCACUCAGGCGAGAAGCCAUUUGAGUGCCCUUCAUGCUCGCAGAGCUUCUCACAAAAGGGCAGUCUCAGGAGACAUGAGACGAGAAGCCAUUUCAGUGCCCACUCUGCCUUCAGAGAUUCUCGUUGAAGAAUGCCCUGGAGAUACACCAGUGCAUUCAUACAGGAGACUGGCCAUAAAGUUGCACCGUCUGCUCCAGGUCCUCAUCACUUGAACAGAUUAAAGAGAGCACAGCAACAUGGUGCUGUAAUGUAGGUCAACACUCUUGUUGAACUAGAGUCUGAAUUACAUAAUAUACUUAUGAGUAGUAUGUUACGUGGUGUGCUACUGCAUCAGGUAGCACAAGUGUCUCUACAUACUCCUGAAAGCAAGCUUUAACUCGAGCCAAACUCCGAUGCCGCCUAUUCAAAUACAUGUAAAACGCAGGAAUGUUUUUCUGAAUAACCAGUGUGUCGAUUAUAACGAAAUUUGUUACAAUUGGAGAGAAAAACCUAAAUUCUGGUGAUUGCUGGCAGCAUAUUUUUGGUUGAAGGCCUGAAUGUUAUAACAGGAAUUUACAAAGAUGGUCCAGCAUGAAAAAAAUUGGAGCUAGAACUUCAUAAAUUUUAGCUCUGUACCUGGAAUAGAUAUAGCUCGGUAAGCUGCAUAAGCUAGAUCUUUCAAAGCGGACAAAUUUAAUGUAUGAAUUCAUUUCUUUUGUUAAUUUCUUACACUAUUUACGGGGACCUUUCAAAUGUCCUACUCAUUUAUUAUUUAUUUAUUUAUUUACAAACGCUGCUAUCUCAUUUAGAGACAUAGCAGAAGUGGGUUACAUAACUUAUGAACACAAAAAUGUCAACUAACAUGGUUAGGCAGUUCUUUCCGAAAUUGAUUAGUCGGCAAUAAACGCAGAGAACCAACUUAAGUUAUUCCAUAAUUCAACAGUGUGUGGAAAAAAAGAAAACUUAAAACCAUCUAUUAUUGCAAUGAAGGGAGCUAUGUUUAAUGGGUGAAUACGUCAACUUAAUCGCACAACUUAAUCGCUUCCGUAAAUGGCCUGUCAUCCAGUCUAUUUAAGGCGCACUGGAGAGUCUCGCGUUGAUUGUCGAAGCGAGAACAGUGGCACAGAAGGUGACUGAUGGUCUCUUCACACUUGCACUUAGCGCACAUUGGUGAAUCCGCCAUUCCAAUAGAAUAUCAAACAACUUGUCCACACUGCAAAUGCUGCUACAUUGUAGAAAAGCGUCAGAAGAGGAUGCUAGAAUAUUACCAAUAGAAUUGUAAUCAGCAUGGGAAAAAUUAUUGACAAUCUGAAAAGCAAGUCUAUUGCACUCACAAGUGACAUCAACCUUCAGCAGAACUCCUGUGUGAUCGGACAGGCCUUCUAUAAUUUGGCAGUCCUAUCCAUUUUGUAGUAACCUUUGGUUAAGGAAAAUCAGGUCUAGGAUCGAGCUCUUUCGGGUAACGCUACUAACAAUCUGUCAGAUCUAACAACAAAACCAAAGUCAAUAAGCGAGUCACAAAUCGGCCUGUCACGACCAUACGAAGUCAAUGUACUCCAGUUAAUACAAGGGGUAUUGAAAUCACCAGCAAGGAUCAAUUUACAGUUGUGAAGCUUGUGUUUUAAUAUAUU